AUGGGCUAUGAUCCGAGUGCGACGCGAGGAGAUUCCCCAUGGUUCUGUAACAAAGAAACACAAUCAGUUCUAAGUGUUAACUGUGCAGAACAGGGCUUAAAUAAGUUAGUCUUCCUCAAGUGGGCCAAAUAUUUUCUUAUUAGCUCUUACCUUGUGUCAUUGCUAUCCUAUACAGGGAAGGUUGAUUUAGUGAUGAAUGUGGUGGAACGUCCUAGUGGAGGAUUUUCUGCUGGUGGCGGGAUAUCAAGUGGGAUUACAAGUGGUCCACUCAGAGGACUUAUUGGAAGCCACACAGCUGCUUGCAGACUAUGA